AUGACCCCUCCCCACUCUUAUUACCCAGUGGGCGUAAAGAUCACCAACUACGUCCCUAACGAAUGGAGCACCCUAGCGCUGGUCUCUACCUUUGCUGCUACCUGCAUAAUCGUCCUAUCAGCCGCCAAAACCAUCGCGACGAAUGUAAACCCUCGCGGCUCCAUCCACCUCAUUCUCGAAGGCUACUAUGCCAUAAACUUCGCCACCCUUUCGAGCUCCCAACAACUCCUCGCGCAACUAUGGAAGGAAUACUCCAUGUCUGAUUCGCGGUAUCUCACUUCGCAUGCCUUUGUCAUGUCUAUGGAGUCCAUUACCGCCUGGUUCUGGGGCCCGUUAUCCUUCCUCCUUGCGUCUUUCAUCGUCACGGAUAAUCCCUUGCGACACCCACUGCAGAUUAUCAUCUCCACUGGACAGCUUUACGGGGAUGUGCUGUACUACGGGACCUGUGCAUUUGACUUCCUGGUCUAUGGGGUUGAGUACUCGAGGCCCGAGAAUUAUUACUUUUAUGGGUACUUUGUGCUGUUGAAUGGGUUUUGGAUUGUUAUUCCAGUUUUGCUCAUUGCCAAUAGUGUGAAAGCUUGUGGGAGGGCUUUUUCGGAGGUCAAGAAGACGAGGACGGUCGGAAGCAAUGGCGAUGCAAAGAAAACGCCUUGA